AUGGGAGGCUGCGAGGUGCUGACGUGGCACGCGCCGUGCCGGUGGGGCUCCGUGAUUGGUCCUCCGGUGGAGCCCUCCUGCCUGCCCGCUGCUCAUCCCUGCACCGUGUUUGAACGGCGACAGAUGCAGCUUCACGCACAGUGGCAGCAGCAGCAGCAGCAGCAGCAGCAGCAGCAGCAGCAGCAGCAGCAGCAGCAGAAACAGCUGAAAAGUUACUCGCACAAUCACAAACCAUCAAGCCAUCUGCUUCUGCCUCUGCUUCAGCCUGCCUCCUCGGUCCCUCUAGCCGGGGGACCCACAGGUGCCUACCUGGAAGUGACAGGUAGGACUGCCACGUGGCAUGGGCAAGCUCAGGACAUAGCAGCAGCCAAUCACGGCCCUGAAAGCAGCCCUGCUGCUGCUGCUGCCUCGCAGACUGAUGGCGGCGCUGACGGUGGGCCGAUUCGUCUGUUUGUGACGUAUGCUGUGAGCGCGUGGGUGCGUGUGGGAAGGGAUAGACGGCACAAGGAUCCAGCAAAAAGUCUCUCCCUCUUUGCAAGAAAAGGAAAAAAAGGGGAGGAAGGAGGGGCAGUAGGAACGGAGGAAAAAGAGGCAGAAGGACCGGAGGGAAGGGUGGGAUCACACGCAGUGAACAUUGCUUUAGGCGUGGAUGGGGGGUGGGUAAAUGCCGGGUCGGUGGAAGCUUCUGGGAAGGAGUGGGUGCAGUGCUGGGGGUCGUUUCGCCUGGAGAAGCCGUACAGGCGAGCAGUGCUGUACGUGCAGUGCCCGCCGCCAGGUGUCAGCAUCCUAUUGGCCGACGUGCGCGUGGUGGCUGUGGAGUGGCGGGAGAGGGUGCCGUGGCUGCGAGAGCAAGCAGACAGGGUGAGAUGUGGAGAGCGGUGGAGAGUGGUAGAGAGGGGUGGAGAGGGAUGGAGAGAGGUAGAGCAGGGUGGGGAGGGGUGGAGAAGGGUGGAGAGGGGUUGUUCAAUGUAG